AGUUGUGCAGCUCACGCUUGUUGGUUUGAAGAGUGGAAGAGGAAAAAACGAAAGGGUUGGAGCGAAGCAGAGCAGUUGCCGUUAUCCACAUUCUCUCUCUCUAUAUCUAGCGCUUUCUCUCUCCAUCCGUUUCUCCGAUCAAUCUGUUUAGGGUUUUUCAGAUUCUGCAACGAGCUGACUCAGCCAUGGUUUCCGAUUCGAUCCCCAACGCCUCCAUCGCCUCAUCGAACCCCAGGGAUUUCGCCAAGAAGAAGAGGGCAAACCGCUCGGCGAAAUUGAAGCAGUGCAAGCUUGAUGCUCGUCGUGAGCAGUGGCUUUCUCACGUGAAGAGUAAGGGUGAGUGUAAGGGGGAAGCCAAUGGUGGAGGGACUGCAUCCAUUGGGGCAUCUGUGCAUUUAGAAAAUCACAGGAGCCAACCGAUAGGGAAACUGGAGAUAAAGACGCGAAGCGAGGAGGGGAUUUAUGGAGAUGGAUCAUCAAUGCAUCAUUACAGUGACUCGGAGUCCUUGCAGUCCAACAGCCCGACCAGCCACACCAGUAGUGUUUCGGGCAGCAAUGAUUCCGGGGCCAAUUUUACUGCGAGUAGCAGCAGCAGCAGCAGUAGCAGUACUAAUGGUUCCUGUUCAGGACACAUGAGCGAGGAAGAUGAAGGGGAUGCUGGUGAUGAUGAUUGCUUGGAUGAUUGGGAGUCCGUUGCUGAUGCAUUGGCUGCCACUGAUGAAAAGCAGGAAGAUUCCCCUCCUUCAAAGAAUCAGGACCAUUCUACAGAGUCUGGUUCUCAGGUGGAUGUGAGGGACCAGAUGUUUUCGGGGAUUAGUAUCCCGCGGAUCCAUACAGCAAGUGCUAAUCCAGGGAGUGGAAGAGCUGCUAACCAGAGGGCCCUGGUAAAUUGCUGUGCUUGGAGGCCAGAUGAUGUUUGUCGUCCCCAGACCUUACCCAAUUUAACCAAGCAGUAUAGUUUUCCUUUGAAGUCCGAGCGCCAUUUAGACCGAGGAUCAGUAUGGGUCUGUAAAAAUGUUGGACCAAUCCCCACAGCAUGUCCGAUAUGCUUUGAGGAUUUAGACUACACUGAUUCAAGCUUUCUCCCCUGUGGAUGUGGUUUCAGGCUCUGCCUUUUCUGUCACAAGAGAAUACUUGAGGAGGAUGCACGUUGUCCAGGCUGCAGAAAGCAGUAUGAGGUUGAACCUAUCGAGGGAGAGCCAACACUAGACGGAGGCAGCUUGACGUAUCGUUUGGCUCGUUCUUGUAGCAUGGUUGCAAGGUCUUGAAAGUCUCUGUUCCUUAAACUUGUAUGUUUGGGUCUAUCUUUCCGCAGCAUGUCUUGCGUGCAUACUUACUAUUAGACUGUUUUAACAGCCUUUAGAUGUUGGUAUAUAAUAUCUUUUGAAGCUCAGGAAAUUAAUCUUUUGCUCAUGAGUUUGCUCUAUAUAUCUUGUACUGUGCUUAUGCGAUGUAGAAGACGCUGAUAUAGAAGACCUAUUAUGUGAAUAGAUAAAAUGGCAGAGAAAUGAAAUACAUAUAGUUCUUAUCUUGGUA